AUGUUCUUCAAACGUCGCUCAAGGUCCCAGGCCAAUUCCUACGUCGAAGAACAAGGCCCUCGCUCGCAAUCCUUUGAUUACGGCUCAGAGACUCGUCCCGACAGCAGCCGAAAGGAAUCGCACCAGCAGCAGCCCACCUCGCCUGCCGAAGAGGUCGACAUGUACCCGCGCCCCCAGCAGCCUCAAGAAACGACUCUCCCAACGCGCGGCAUGUCCAACGGCCAGAACUCAAUGCCGCCCCAGAUGAACCACCGAGUCCCUGCCAUGGGCGGCGGCAUGCAGCCCGCGCCCAUGCCCGAUCUGCUCGCGGCGGCCUUCAACCAGGCCAUUGCACCCUACACAGAGAAGAUCGAGCAGCUCGAGCAGCAGCUUGCCGACAUGCAGGCCUGGGUCGACCAGCUCGAGCAGCAGCGCGCAGAGGUUCACGGCUGGAUCGAUAAGCGUGGAUUGCGACCUGAUGUACCUCCCUCUAUCGCCAAGAUCAUGGAUACCACUACACCGGACGCUGCCGUGGCACUCAACGCCCAGCUCGACCGCAAAAUCACCAUCGUUAACUUCGACUUGCACCGUCUUCAGGACGACCUCAACGACUCCAUCUCAUCAUCACAUUUCGCUUCAGCAAUGCUCAAGUUCCUGCCCGACAUCCAGCGGCUAGCUCUGCUGCCACAAGGUCCCCGCCAUGCCUUUGACCUCGUUCUUAAGCUGGGCGGCAACCUCAACUCACACGGCGGCAUCGACAGUGCCGAUGCAAGCGACAUCACGGCCCGCCGCGACUUCUAUGCAAGACUCGACACCGCCAUGGUCGACGUCGUCACCCGCCGCUUCGGCGAGGGCGAAGAGUGGAGCGUGCAGCGCGAGAUUAAGCGCAUCGAGAAGACUGCCAACUACCUCAAGACAUAUGGCGUCGAGCCCUACUUCCCCCAGACGCUCGACACAAUGAAGCGCGAGUUGGAGUACCAGCCACAACAAGGGAACGGCGUCCCCAGUGGCCAGGGAACUCCGCCGCGGUACCAUUAG